AUGGCAAAUGCACGAUACAUUUUCAUUGGCCUGAAUGUUGUUCGCGCUCUCAGCAUCGUGGCUCUUGUCUUGCUUUUCUCCAGUAGCAUUGCUACCUUAGUGCAGGACAUCAAAGCUGUGAAUGCCUUUAUUGCUGAGGGAAAACCUACAGGCAACAGCACACAGCCUGCAUGCGAGGUCAAUCCCGAAUAUGUCCCUGGGAGCACAGUGCCGAACCAGGCUGCGGGAGCGUUCUGGGCGGUGCUCAAUCGCCUGCUUAUCAUCUUCCAGGUGAUCGUCCUCAUUCUCUCCGAGGUCCGCUGGCCCGCCGCUUUCUUCUCGCGCUUCUUCCCUAUCCUCGGUGACGAGUUUGGGUUGGGGGCACUCGGGAUCAUACAGGGCCUUCUUGGCGCAUCGGUCCUGUCACAUCACGUGGACGAGUUCUCGCUCGUCAGCGCAUUUUUCCUGUUUGCGCUUGCCUGCGUCAACAUGUUGCUCGGGCUCCUCUUCCGCGAGUCUGCCAAGGCUCGCCGUUCCAUCCGUGCCUGGCGGGGGCGCAACAACGACAACGGUACGCAGGACCUCCAAGGAGCCCCGCCUUUCGUUCGCGACAUGCCCGGCACCUCAAGCGACUGGGCCGACAAGGAGAAGGACGGAGCGGACGCAGUGCGCUCAACAAGCUCGUCGAGCGCACGAAACGGGAUGGGGUUCGGACGUCAAGGUGAAAAAGCCGCACUAGCCAGAGGCGAGACCGUUACGCGUCCGGUAGAGGCUCUCCCAACAUACGCACCUCGACCGACAGCGACGCCCACCACGGCCGGGCGCGGAUUUCCCAUCCGUUCGCCCAGGCCCAUGACCGAAUCAGAUGUGACGGCCGUUUAA